GGGUCUGACUGGGGAUCUAACAUUGGCAACUGGAUGGCUAGAAACUGCUCGGACCGCUGCAAGGAAUUCCAUAGCGUUAUGCCGCUUUGUUUACCACCCUCACCAACAAACACGCUAUCGCUUUUAUGGACGCACCCGCUUCACGUAAUUAAGUAUUAUGCAAGCAUAAUAUUGGGCAUCGAAGCCGUAUAUGGCAAUGGGUUUGAAGCCGAAGAACUGGCAUUUGCCGGUGUGCAAAGCGAUCCUGAAUCAGGUUACCGUGCUAUCCAUGGCACCCGUCCUUAUUCAUUAGCGUAUGGCCUAGCUGAUAGCCCUGUAGGUCUCUUGGGUAUGUUAAAAUCUUUCCAUAAUUGGACUGAUCAUGGCGGUAUACAUGACACCGAGUCGUUACCAGAUACCAUUUCUGUUGAUGAAUUCUUGACGAUGGUGACCAUUUAUUGGCUGACAAAUUCCAUGUCUUCAUCCAUACGUGUAUACUAUGAGGCCUUCCACGAGGAUGAGACCAUGUCAACUUGCAUGGGUCGCGUCAAUAUCCCUACUGCGAUCAUUCAAUUUCCUGCUGAGCUUGCAAAGGUGGAAACGAGUGUAAACUUGCAACAGUAUAAUGAACCUGAUGUGGGAGGCCACUUUCCGGCCUUGGAGACAGAUCAAUUACUAUUGGAUGAUCUUCAGCGCUUUGGGAAACUGUUAAGAACCAAAAAGUGGAUCAACUGA